CCCCAGAAACCCCGGCAUGUGACCGCCGUGCGCCUGCGCCCCGGAGCUCCCGAGCCCCUCGCCCAGCUCCCGGGGCGCUCGCCCCGCCGCGCUGGGCUCGGGGCCGUCGGGGGCUCGCCCAGGUAGAGUCGCCCCUUGAGGAUGCUGACUCCGUGCUGAGAAUCAGGACCCCUUCACACAAGGAAGAGCCGUGUCCAAGCACUCUGCCUUCAAAUAGCACAACACAGAUGCUGUUGGGAGACUUCCUCACUUGGCCAGCCUUUCAACUAUUGGCAGUGCAAGUCUAGUCAGGAGAAUAUGAAACUGUUACUCAGGUUUGUUUGUUUUACAGCUGUACUGAUUUCUUCUCUGGAAGCUGACAUAUGUGAGGAACGGACAGAACGAGUAAUCUUAGUUUCAUCUGCAUAUGAAAUUGAUGUUCGUUCCUGUUUUCUUAACCCAAAUGAAAAGAAAGGCCCUAUAAUUUGGUAUAAAAAUGACAGCAAGACACCUAUAUCUAUGGAUGUAGGUGCCAGGAUUCAUCAGCACAAAGAUGAACUUUGGUUUGCUCCUGCCAUGGUGGAGGAUUCGGGGUAUUACUUCUGCACCGUGAGGAAUGCAACUUACUGCCUCAAAAUUAAAACAACCAUUAAGUUUGUACAGCAUGAACCUAACUUGUGUUACAACACAGAAGCUAUCUUUACGCAGAGACUACCUGUUGCAGCAGAUGGACAACUUGUGUGUCCCUAUAUGGACUUUUUUAAAGAUGAAAAUAAUAAGUUACCAAAAAUACAGUGGCAGAAGGAUUGCAAACCUCUACUUCUUGACAAUAUAUACUUUAGUGGAGUGAAAGAUAGACUCGUUAUAGCAAAUGUGACUGCAGCACAUAAUGGGAAAUAUACUUGUGGAAUAUUCUACAUGUACUUGGGAAAGCAAUAUCGUGUUACCCGGGUUAUAGAACUGAAGACUAUAGAAGAAUACAAGCCUCUGAGGCCUGUAAUUGUGAGUCCAGCUAACGAGACGGUGGAAGUAGGGCUGGGAUCCAAGCUGCAAUUAAUCUGCAAUGUCAGUGGCCAGUUUAGUGACUCUGUCUUCUGGAAGUGGAAUGGGUCAGCAAUUGACGAGGACGACUCCGUGCUGGCAGAGGAAUAUAUGCUAGUAAAAAAUCCUUCAGAAAGAGGAAAGGAUACAGUCAUCGCCAUUCUUAAUAUUUCAGAAGUGGAAAAUAGGUUUUAUCUAUAUCCAUUUACUUGUAUAGCCAGGAAUACAGAUGGCCUAAGUUCAGCAUAUAUCCAAUUAAUACAUCCAGUGCCUGAUUUCAGGAAGCACACUAUUGGUGUAUUUGUCAUGUUAACAGUAAUAAUUACAUGCUCUGUUUUCAUCUACAAAAUCUUCAAGGUUGACAUUGUGCUUUGGUACCGGGAUUCUUGCUAUGAUUUUCUCCCCAAAAAAGCUUCAGAUGGAAAGAUCUAUGAUGCUUACAUACUAUAUCCAAAGACUCUUGGGGAAGGGUCCACCUGUCCCUCAGAUAUUUUUGUGUUUAAAGUCUUGCCUGAGGUCUUAGAAGAACAGUAUGGAUAUAAACUGUUCAUUUAUGGAAGGGAUGCCUAUGUUGGGGAAGACAUUGUUGACGUCACUAAUGAAAACAUAAGGAAAAGCAGAAGACUGAUUAUCAUUUUGGUCCCAGAAGCAACAGGAUUGGGCUGCCUGGGGAAUUCAUCUGAAGAGCAGAUAGCCAUGUACAAUGCUUUCGUUCAGGAUGGAAUUAAAAUUGUCCUGCUCGAACUGGAGAAAAUCCAAGACUAUGAGAAAAUGCCAGAAACCAUUAAAUUCAUCAGGCAGAAACAUGGGGCCAUACGCUGGUCAGGGGACUUUAGAGAGGGGUCAUGGUCUGCAAAGACAAGGUUCUGGAAGAAGGUCAGAUACCACAUGCCAGUCCAGCGGCAGCCCCCUUCAUCCAAACCCCAGUUUCUGUCCUGGGCCACAAGGCCAGACUCUAAGAAAACGCUGCAGAAGGAGGUGCAGGUGCCUCUCGGGUAGCAGGGGAGAAGCUCGGCCCAGAGUUCCUUGGGUGACUCCCGUCUUCGGGCAUUAUAGGCUGGGCUGUGCCCCCACUGACCGUACAGUCAUAAAAUGCACCUGUGGCAUCCCUUAUCCCUGAGGUCAUCUGGAAUCAGAUCGUUAAGGGAACAGAAUGUGGUGGUGAUAGCAGGUCAGCCCAAUUCAGAACCGAGGGCUUGGAAAUCCUUUUAGAAAGCAACAGAUGCCCUGCCUGAGUUUUUGGACUGCUAACAGGCACCGGGACUGCAAAUGAGAGGGAAGAACUAGCAGGAAAUAUUUAGCAUCUAUAAACGGUUUUAUGAUGUUGUCUACAGUCCAAGGGCGGGGCCGUGGCCCAGUUCGGGUACUGCCUGGUCCCUUGCCCGCGCCCCCCCCGCCGGCUUUCCUUGGCAAAGUGAGACUGGUAUUUCACAGACAAGGGUAGGAGAACUUUGCAUUUGCUUUGCACUUUCCAUAUGCAUCGACAGCCAGCUCUCCUUUUCUAAAGACUGCAUUUCAUUUUACAGACAUUUAUAACUCUCAUUUUGGUGAAAAGAGGGAUUUGUCAGGAUUGCAUGUUUUUGAAAUAACCUUAGCUUUGUGCUGGAGAGAGAGACUAAAAAGCAGGAAUUGCAGAGACCUGAUCCAGCUCUGCAUGCUUCCCUCGCUGGAAUGACCAUUCUGUUCUACCCUCCUCUUCUGCAUUCCACUUGACUCAUCGCUUCUUUGGAAGGACAACUUCCAAGUCACUUCCUCCUCCUCUCUGCCACACACCUGGCCCACAGAUUGAUUAGCUGUCCUUCAUGAAGUGCUGCUCUAAGCUCCUCCUGCUCUUACUAAAAGCCCUCUGCGGGGCUUCUCCUGGUUGAGGAGCCAACACCCUAUUUCCCCAGUCUGUCUGCAUGGCUGUUCCCUCACCGUCCUGCUGUGUGAAUUCCCAAGUCAGCCUCGUGUGCCUUCACGCCCACCACUCCUGCUCCCUCAUACCUGCUUCUCCUCCUGUCUCCUCUGACCAGAAUGCCUUCUCGAAUUUUCUCCAGCAGACCAGAGUUUUAUGAAAUUUGAAAUUUACUCCAGCUCUGUUUCUUUAAGAGAUUUCCCCAGGAAACUGCCCUAGGACACCAGCUCUCUCCUCUGAGUCUGGUAGCACUUAGUCUGUUGGCUGUCACUUUAUGAGAAGGCGUUCUGUCUCCAGCCAGAAACUCUGCUCUUGGCUGGGAAGGCUGUGGGUGUGUCUCUCCUUGUCUGGGUGCCUUCCAAGUGAUUUGCCUACUUGACGUGGAUUUGGGUAGGGCUUUCUUAUUGAAAAAUGCCCACAGGUGAUCAGAUUUAAGUUUCAUAAUCAUCCUAAUGUUAUAGAGAGAGCAAGUGACCUAUUUUUUAAAAAAAUACAUUCUUAGUGCUGUCGGACCUAGGGCUCACAACGGUGUUGCUGGCUUUGAGUGUAGUAGUGUCUUGAACACUUGACUUCGGGUCAAUAAAUGUCUCUUUCAGUCCUACCCCUAGCACUUUUGUGAGAAGAAAUGAUUGUUUUCUAGGAUGUUGGCUGAGUCUAGGAAGGCUUGCAUUUAAGAAACCAAAUUCUAAACUUCUGAGUGUUGGAAUUGACAAAAAUUCUGGUUAGGUUUUCUGAAAACUAUUUCUGCUUUCAUAUAUUCUUUCCUGAAAGGUAAAUAUUUCUUAGUGAAUUAAAAUUGAAAGCAAGUUAGAUUUUUGGUAUAGGAAACUAUUUUUUAGAACUUGAUGGUACUCCUUAGAGAAACCCCAGAAAACUGAAAAGCCAAGUUCACAUGCCACUUGCCCCAUUUUAAAGGUUGAUGAACAUGGAUGGGCCCUCUGUUUUUUUAUUUUUAAUGUUCAUUGUUACGAGUGAACGCAAACUGGCACAGUGUAUCCCCGUCCCCCACAGUGAUCAGAGCUAGACAGAAACAGAGCUGAAUGCUCUGCCUCUUCUCUUUCCACCUGCUUUUUCUUGGAUCCGAUCUGGAAGCCUUGACUAAUAGCACUGUUUUGGAACUGCUGUUUCCAAAAAAACAGCCUUAUUUUUAUUUUGGCUGGGGUUUGGGGCUGUCAUGGCCAAAAGGCCUAUCAGCUACUUAAAACCUAGGUUGCUGAUGAUUUUUAGCCUGUCAUCUAUAAAAUACACUUGCAUGUGUAGCACCAAGGAAGCCAAUUCUGAAACCUAGACUUAGCAGCAAAGUUGGCGAGAAAAAUAAGGAGUGGGGAGACUGACCAAGAGUUACCAGUGGCAUUGCACCUGGAGUUCAGGGAGGGACAAGAAUCAAGGGAUGUGCCUGGGACCAGGAGGAGCCCCAACAGGAAAGCGCAUGUCACCGCGUCAUUCCCAUUUCCCAGGGGAGGAUUCAGGAGGAAGGAGCGACACUGUUAGUUCUCUGGGAACUUCCUUUGUUUUAUUGUUCCCCCCCAAACCUCUUUUAAGCUCUUCCUUUCAGGCCUUCCUCAUUAAUUAGAUUUUACUGCAUUAUCUGAUGGUGGUCAGCCUAAGUUUUUGAAGGAAACUUUGCCAACAAAGCCUUUCGCUUCCAGUAGUGAAAACUGGUUUAGCAGAAUUUGUAUUUUCCUUCUCCUACCGCCUCUUUGUGUAUUUGUGAUAAAAGAAAAGGUAUUGAGCCAUUUUUUCCAGUGGUAUUUUUGAUAAAUUAUAUUUUUACUGGUUAAUAAUGAAGGGUUUUUAGAAAUGUCUUUAUACGAUUAUGAGCAGAUACCAAGUAUUUUUAUACAGUAAAACACCUGAUUCAUGUACAGCAUGUAUCACUGGUCAAUGGAUUGAAUUUAUUUUCCAAUAAA